UCUGACCUCCUCGCGCGCGCGCUUGUGUAUGUGUCAGUCAGCUGAUGGUAGUGCCGUGUGCUACUUUGGUUGCAGUAAUCGUAGGCGUCCCGUUGUAACCGCCCCUCAAGAUUUGCCCACUCGGUUGCAGAACGGUGGUCCGCAUCGCCCGCAGGUCAGUAGUGACGUUCGGCGCGAUCUUUUCUGCAGCCAUGCCGUCGAGCAGCGGAGUCAGCUUCACUCGGGGAGAGCACACGCUCGGAGUGCCGCGCGAGUUGCACGCACUGAACCGUCGACGUCUCAGCGAGAAGCUGCGGAGCACAUUGGGCAACAACGCGGACGGUUCGUUCGUGGUGCUGCUUGGCGGUGAGUCGACGACCCAGUACUGCUCGGACCGGGAGCCCGUGUUUCGUCAGGAGUCCUACUUCCACUGGGCGUUCGGUGUCGAGGAGCCGGAUUAUUUGGGCGCCGUGGACGUGGCUCGGGGACUUAGCUAUCUCUUCAUGCCGCGGCUGCCGCAGAGCUACGCGGUUUGGAUGGGCCGUCUGCCCACUCUCGAGGACGUGCGAGCGCGCUACGGCGUCGACGAGGUCUUUUACAGCGACGCGGUGAGCGAUGGCCUUCGAUCGAAUGGGGCCCGCACGCUGCUGACCCUUCGGGGCCGCAACACCGACAGCGGCAAGACGAGCGCCGAGGCCAAGUUCGCUGGAAUGGAGGGCUUCAAGGUGGACGCCGGGCCGCUGUUCGAGGUGAUCGCCGAGCUGCGCGUCUUCAAGACUCCCCUCGAGGUGGAGGUGCUGCGGUACGCGAACCGCGUGAGCAGCGAGGCACACAAAGAGGUGAUGCGCCGCAUUCGACCGGGAAUGUACGAGUACCAGCUCGAGGCACUGUUCCUGCACAAGUGCUACGCCGACGGCGGCGCUAGGCAUGUGUCGUACACCUGCAUAUGCUGUGCCGGUGGCAACGGCGCCGUGCUGCACUACGGCCACGCGGGCGCCCCCAACGACUCGCCCAUAAGGGACGGUGACAUGUGCCUGUUUGACAUGGGCUGCGAGUACUACUGCUACUCGUCCGACAUCACCUGCUCGUUCCCGGCCAACGGUCGGUUCACGGCCGACCAGCGCGUCGUGUACGAGGCCGUGCUGGCGGCUAGCCGGGCCGUGCUGGACGCCAUCCGGCCGGGUGUCUCGUGGCCCGACAUGCAUCGGCUUGCCGAGCGGCGCAUCCUGGAAGGGCUGGUCUCCGUUGGCCUGUUGAAAGGCGACGUGGACGCCAUGAUGAAAGCUCGACUGGGCGCCACCUUCAUGCCGCACGGCCUGGGCCACUUCAUGGGGCUCGACGUGCACGACGUGGGAGGUUACUUGAGCGCCGACCCUCCGCGACCCACCGAGCCCGGACUGCGCUCCCUGCGGACGGCGCGCACGCUACGGGAGGGCAUGGUGCUCACCGUCGAACCCGGUUGCUACUUCAUCGACGCCCUGCUGGACGAGGCGCUGCGGUCGCCCGUGCUGUCCGCCUUCCUGGUGCCCGGCGUGCUGCAGCGGUUUCGCAACUUCGGCGGCGUUCGCAUCGAGGACGACGUGCUCAUUACAGCCGAUGGACACGAGAUGCUCACGCAGGUGCCGCGCACCGUCGCCGAGAUUGAGGCGCUCAUGGCCGGACACUGAUCAGUCCGUUUGCGUUUCAAGGUCGUGGUAACUCCGUAAUAAAUUACUUUAUUAAUACAUCA